AUGAUUCAUGUGGGUAAAUCAAAUGCUGUCAUUCUCCCUUUAACAACCAAAAAUACUUAUUUUUCAAUUUCUUCAACAGCAAGCCUUGCAGGUUUGCAAGUAGCUCACAAACUCGAAGACUUUAACGAUGGCCAAGAAAGAAUCUUGGUACUCAAAGAUUCAGGAAUUCUUGACAACGAAGAACAGGCGCGGCUUCAUAAAAACCUGGAGAAUAAGAAAAAGAAACCAGCAUACGUUGCAUACGACGACGAAGAAUUUUUGUUUGGUGUUAGUAAUAGUCAAAGAUCUGGUACAGGCAUAUUGUCACAUUAUGAUGAAGAAAUUGAGGGUCCUAAAAAAAGCAGCUUCACACUCAGUAAUGAUGGGACUGCACAACUCAAUGAAGAAGAGCGAAGACAACAAGUUUCAGAGAAUUUGAAAUCUCAACCUAUUUCUUUGUCUUUUGACAAAAUGCGAGAAAUCAAAGAUUACUAUACCAAAGAAGAAGCCGAUAUGACAUUUAAAAAAUCAAAGGGCAAGAAGAAACGAAGGGUUAGAAAGAAAUUGGUAGAUGAUGAAGAAACAGAUUCUCAAAAUCUCAAUGUGCAACAGAAAAUGGAUGUUGAUGCUACUAAUUCAAAUGGUGUCACUCCCACCAUCAGCACUCCGACGAGAGCUAGGAGAAUGGCAAAUAAAAAAUUAAUAAAAACAAGCGUCGAUGACAUUGCACGAAAUUUGACUCAAAAUCGCGAACAAAACAAUGACGAAGGUGAUACUGCUCCCGGCGAACUUGUGAUUUCCGAUACAACAGAAUUUGUCAAUUCCCUCACUUUAGCACCACUAAUAAAUAAACGCGCAGAAGUAAAUUUAAGAACCAGCGGCAGCGUAUCCGCGGUCGCAUCUUCGUCCAAAAUUAUCGAAAAGCAAUCAGAAACGAUAAACCAGGAUGAGGAAGAGGAUGUGGAGAAUUUACCCGAUGAAAUGGCAGAAGAAGAGAAAAAGGGAGGCUGGAAGGCAGCUGGUAUAGUAGAAAAUCAAGAUAUGGCGCAAAUCCAGGAAGAAACAAAAUUGGCAAGUGUAGUUGAGGAAGAACCUUUAGUCAGCAGUGGUAUGGCAGCCACUUUAGCGCUUUUGCAACAGAAAGGAUUUUCGAUUAAACCAUCCGACGAACAACUAGAAAAAGAGCGUGUUCAAAGGGAUCGACAAAAAUGGCUUGGCGAACAACGAAAGAAAGAUGUCGAGAGACAAAAUGAACGUGAACGCGAGAAACAAAGAGCCAAAGAGAAAGGUUAUCGUGGAGGUGGUCGAGAUAAUGAAAGCACAUAUCGAGAUCGAGAACAUAUGAGAGAGAUGGAGGCUCGAUUCAAAGAUUAUAAGCCGGAUGUGAAUCUUGAGUAUGUGGAUGAGUUUGGCAAUCAAUUAACACCUAAAGAGGCUUUUCGACAAUUAUCUCAUAAAUUUCACGGUAAAUCAUCGGGAAAAGCAAAGACAGAAAAGCGACUUAAGAAAUUAGAAGAAGAACGUAAAUUAAAAGCUAUGAGCAGCAUUGACACUCCAUUGAACAUGGCAACUGCGCUACAAGAGAGACAAAAAGCCAGCGGGAGUGCUCAUGUGGUAUUAUCAGUUGGCAAUCGAGCUGUUGUUCCUCCGAGUAUGGUGUUGAACGGUGGUAAACCCAACGCAGCAGGCUCUUCUCAGGCUAUUAGUAGUCCAAGUAUUAUCACGGUCAACGGAGGAUUAACAGGUCAGAGUAUGAAUGCACCAGAAAGAGAAAAGGUUACGUUUGGACUGAAACGUAAAGCAGAAACUGAUCAAGAAAAACCCUCCAAAAAACGAUGA